UAAGUGUAUGUAAACUUCCGACUUCAACUGUAAUUGGGUAAAUACAUUGAAUAUUGUAUUUGUAGAGGCAAAUACCUCAUGCUGUCAACAGCUWGGAAUGUUCUUGAUUUAUCUCACAGAAGGCCAUUAUCAUUAGGCCAUUAUCAUCAGUUUGUUUGUCCAUAUGUCAUUGUGGAUGUAGUCAUUGUUGAUAUGGAUGUUGUUGAACCUUCCCACUGACCAUGUCUCUCAUCCAUGUACCAUGACAGAGAAUGUGUGUGUGCGUGUGUGUUUGUUUGUGUGCGUGUGUGUGUGUGUGUGUAAUAGAGAAUGUCCAGUCCUUCCACUCCACCUUGCCUGGCCGCAGUGACCAGUGGAAAACUCCACUGAUUCUUUCCCUACCUCCAUUAGAGCAUUAGUGAUCCCAAUAUGCCUUUCUCAGCUCUUAUCGCCUACCCUGGGAUAGCCUGGCAACAAGGCAUCCCUCAACCCCUCCCACUCCCUCCCGGCCAGCCUAGACUGUUUACUCUCUCUGGGGGUUAACAUUUAACAUUUAUACCGGAGCACCACAGCUGACUACAUCAUCAGAGAUUGUGGACAACAACCUUCCCAAGUUACUUGGCACUUUGGCUGGCAAACCUUUGAAGUGAAUUGUACGAUGGGACCUCGGACAGCUGUCACUCCAUCUAAGGAAAGAAAGAUGGUGUCCGGGGGGCAAGAUAACAGUCUUAGUAGUGGCAACAGCGGGUAUUGUAACAGAGGWCCCAUGCUUACCCCUACCUCACCUGUGCUGUCAAACCCCAAAUCAGUGCUAAAGAGACAAGUAAGUCCAGAGGAGCUACGGAGACCAGGAGGUUCAUACAUAAAGAGGACGUUUACAAUUGUAGGUGAUGCGGUGGGCUGGGGCUUCGUGGUCAGGGGGAGUAGGCCAUGUCAUAUCCAGGCAGUGGACCCCAGUGGCCCUGCAGCAGCAGUAGGAGUGAAAGUGUGCCAGUUUGUGGUCUCUGUCAAUGGUCUGGACGUCCUGUCUCUGGACUACAAGACGGUCAGCAACCUCAUCCUCACUGGAUCGCGAACCGUGGUCAUGGAGGUUAUGGAGGAGUCUGAUUGCUGAGGWUGAGGUUGUAUUGUAUUCGGUUACAGUCAACUUAAGGCCUCAGUAACCCAUUGGCUCUUGGUGGUCGAAAGCU